CCCAGAAACUAAAGAAGAUAAGCCCGAAAAUGGCGCUCUGUUCUUCCCUCCCCGUUCUUUCUUUCAAUCCACUCCCCAAAAUCAUCUUCAAAUCUUCUGGAAUUAGUGCUACAGCGUUCUCGAAUCGGAGUAUUCCAGGAAUCAAUGGAAUCUCCGCCGCCAAGUUGCUCGGAAAAUCGGCGAGGGGAAGCCGCUUACGGCGUCUCAAUGCGGCUGGAUUGUCCGAGAUUGAACCCGACUUAAACGAAGAUCCUGUAGAUCGUUGGGAGACUAACAGUGUCAGCGCUGAAGAUUUUGAGUAUGGAGUGUACGAUGGGCAUCACACUUACUUUGAGGGCGAGAAAAAAGGAACAUUCUGGGGAGCCAUUGCAGAUGAUAUUGCUGCAGUUGGACCUCCAACAGGCUUUCAGGGCUUCAUCUCGUGGCUCUUCUUACCAGUAGUUGCCGCUGCAAUGUACUUCAAUGUUCCGGGGGAGUAUAUAUACAUUGGAGCAGCUGUGUUUACAAUAGUAUUCUGCAUAAUUGAAAUGGACAAACCAGACCAACCACACAACUUUGAACCUCAAAUAUAUAACAUGGAGCGUGGGGCUCGUGACAAGUUGAUAUCAGAUUACAACACCAUGGACAUCUGGGAAUUCAAUGAGAAGUAUGGAGACUUGUGGGAUUUCACUGUGAAGAAUGAUGAUAUAACAAAGAGAUGAUUGUCGACUGCUUCUCAGUAAUGUAAUGAGAACUUGAUGAUACAGGCAAAUAUGAACAAAAAAUAAGCAUAAAAAUGUCCCAACCAGAGUUUCAAAUUCUUAAGGUUAGAAAUCAUCCUGCAAAUUUAAUUACAUUACAUCCAAAAGUUCAAACAUUGCUCUAUUUUGCAGGCUUGUCUAGUAAUUGGGCUGAAAUAAAAAAAAAAAAUAUUAAAGGGUAUUAGACAUGGGCGGGCUAGUCCGCAUCCAUGGGAGCAAAUGGAUUCUAUACGAUGCCUUUUUGAUCUUGUGAAUAACUUCGACUGGUCCAUAGUAUUUUCUCACGAGUCUUCGACUCAUUGUUUUGAUCUCGGAGUUGAUGUGACCUCAACUUAAUUAGAACUCUCUCUCCUUCUUGAAACUGUCAUGGUCGACGCUUUCGACCAACCCUUCUCAUUCUCUGUCUCGAUGGUACUUCUACGUGACCAUGUGUUGUUU